AAGUAGCAUAGAAACUCGAGUGCAUACAGGUGUGGACGUCACCAACGAACGCACAAGACGGAAUCGAGGAGAAAAACAAGGUAAUUACAGCCUGCAGAAUGGAACAGAAUUCAUUGCGUAAUGACCUGUGAAGUGAUUCGUUUCCAUUGACCUUUUGGUUACGUUCGCGAGACCAAUAAAAAACGCAGCGUUUCGCUAAUGGAUUGCAGUCGGAUAUCGGUUUCGGCACUAGGACGUGACGUACUAGUUGGAGAUUUGUACAACUAUUAUACAGACACUAUCUUGAAAAGUAGUAUUUUAGUACCGGGCGAGUGCAUACGCAUCGAGCACAAAUUAAUUCCCGAAACGGAACGGUACUUUUUCUUUAAUCAACCUGCCAAAUUCAAACCUUCUUUGCUUGGCAUCAACUCGCAUUUAAGGGAGAGCAUCGAACAAGGGUCUGUCGAUUUGAAUCUUCUUUGGUUCGCCGAUUUUCUGAAAGCUAGUCCGUCAGAAGGCGACGAAAAUGAGGCGCUAGUCACUGUCUUCUUCCGUGUCAUCCGUCGGACUGAAACACUCGAUCAACAUUUUUUCAACUCCAAAAUAUACAACUAUCAACUAGACAGCGGUGGAUGGGCCACGCAUUUGGUCGAACAGGUUGUCUACGGAGCCGAGCUGAUUUGUUCCAUGCGAAGACCUGUCGACUGGAGGCGAGAGACAAAGGACAGCGCUGAAGAAAACAUUUACCUGGUGGCCAAAGCUUAUUUCGAUCGCAUUAUCGGACCGAAGGCAAUCAAUACCGAGCCGCCAAUUGAAUUAGAAAAAGUGUCUUGCCGAAUACUCAGCAGCCUAGAAGAUGUUCAACCGACAGAGAGUUCGUUUCGACUGUCUUGCGAAUUUCUUAAGGACGUCAUCAAUUUCAAAGAAGAUAAUCAACCUGCGAAAUUGUGGCGUCCCAUUUACAUCGUACGGCGCCAAAUUCCUAAACAAAUUGAAACUCGGAUUGUGCUGGACAGACUAACUGAUAAGAGACUGAAAAUUGAAAGGAAAUGGCACUGGAUUAUGAAGGAGAGUCACAGGAUAGCAAAACAUCCAUUUCUUAAUCGAGUUCCUCCUUUUGAAAGAGCGAUAUGUCAGUUCAUCGAAUUACUGGAACCAGCUGAAAGCGAAAUAAUGCAAUAUGACCUUAACAUUAUUGCAAAGAAAUGUAUCCAAGACCAAGUUUCAAAAGACGUCAAAACUAUUUCUGAUUGUGUUUUACUAUCAGAUAUGGUAGAUUGGCUGAUCCAACGUCGCAGUGAGAUUGACGCCAUCUGUUUGAUGCUGAAAGGCCACCAGAUGGGAAUGUUCGACAUGGCGGAAAUCGAGUCUCGACCUCCAUCCAGUUGUGAAAAACGAGCCAGAGUAUUCGUCUUGAAAGUUGACUACAUCUCAGAUCCGCUGAUGGAACGCAUUCAAAAUUUGAUUGGCAACUUGGAACCGGUUUAUAAACUUCCAGUUUUUCCGGCCAUCUCAUCCGGGAAAGAGCGUCUCGGAAUAAUUAGUAGAGCAUUUCACGGGUUUUCGGAAGAGGCACGUUGGUGUUCCAAUGAGCAAUACAGCUAUUACCAGAUCGGUCUAGUUCCACUUUCAUCGCCACUGGAAGAUGGAACGAUCAAGACUAUUGUGUACCCCGCCAUUGAAAUGACACCGUCUUGCUUGCCAGCUGCCCAGUCAAGUCCUAAAGAAUCGGAGAAGGACGAACAAGAUCAUCAUCAGCUACUGUGUCUGCCUAUCAACCAUCACCAGCAACAUCCAAACACUCCCAAGAAGACUUUGACAGUUUCCAAUCAAAGUGAUAAUCCAUACGAAAAAGUUGCUUAUUUUCUACUGAAAAGUAUCAUGAUGAUUUCGCCAGAGAACUUUGAUGACGACAGUAACGUUUAAAAAAAUGUUAUUCUAAUGUGUUGGAAAUGUCAAGAUUUAUUUUAUACGAGAACUUGUUUUACAUCAGAGUCGUGGAUUUUGGAGGAUUUUUUGUUUAUGAACUAAAUUUCAUAUAACCUUGAUUGUUUCGUAACUAAAUAAUGGAUCAACUGAAAGAGAACUGAAAAUAUAUGAUUAUUUAUGAGGCAAUACAAUUUGUGAAGC